CAAUCCAGUAGACUUUGACGUAGAUGUAUCCUAAUGAGAAAAAAUCUCACGACUGCGCAUCACUGUUUGGAGGGUCUGUAAAUACGAUAUGUUACAAACAACGCCCUAAUUUAAUACCUUUCCAGGACACCCAGUUCAGUUGGACGGAUGAUUUACCAGUAUGUAAACAAUCGGGCGUAGGAUUUUCUACGAAUCAAAUUUAUCGCGAGGAUGGAUAUAGACAAGAAGAACAUCCGUUUGAAGAUUGUAGCUUUCAUUGUCGUUAUGAUGAUUCAACAUUUCUUUAUGGAGUAUUUGAUGGUCACGAAGGGACAAAGGUUGCAAACUUUGCUAUGCAGCGAAUGGCUGCUGAAAUUUUACUUGGACAGUUGAAUGGUAAAUCCAGUGAUGAAGAAAUCAAAGAAGUUCUUAGGCAGGCAUUUAUAGCUGUUGAAAGAGGAUACCUAGAUUCCAUCGGAGACCUUUUGGCUGAAAGAGCUAGCUUGCAGUUUGAUAUACCCGACGGGUUAAAUUCCUAUGAAACAUAUCAAAAGUUUCCUCACUUGGUUGAUAAAUUAAAUGCACUAAACUGUGAAUUGUCAGCAGGAACUAGUGCAGUUUUAACUCUUAUAUACAGUGGAAAGUUGUAUGUUGCAAAUGUUGGCGAUAGUAGAGCUUUAUUAUGUAAAACAGAUAGUAAUCAAGUUCUAAGGGUUGUACAAUUAAGCGUGGACCAUGAUUUGAGGAACGAAGAUGAAUUACUAAGAUUGUCUCAUUUAGGACUAGACAUUGAUUCCAUAAGACAGGGAUCUCAUCUUGGUAAUCAAGAAAAUACACGUUGUCUUGGAAACUAUCUCGUCAAAGGAGGAUACAAAGAAUUCGAAGAAUUAGCCUCUGCCGCGGCCGAACCUGUUAUCGCUGAACCUGAAAUUCAUGGAGGAAUAGAGCUUGAUGAUUCUUGCAAAUUUUUGUUGCUUAUGUCUCGAGGUCUUUAUAAAUCACUAGAAGAAGUAACUGGAGUAGAUCAAGUUAAUAUAAAAUUGAUUAAUUUUGCAGUUCAAGAGUUUCAGGUGCAAUCCACUUUGACUGGAGUUGCUCAAGCUGUUGUAGAUAAAGUUGUAAGAAUUCAUCAUGAUAUUAAUAUGAGCAAUUCUAAAAGUACAGUCACUACCGGUAAACGAGACGAUAUAACUCUUCUCGUACGGAAUUUCAACUUCCCACUUCCUCAUGCGUUGAAAAGUCCAACUAAUCAGUCAGUUAGAUUUAAUCCAAUUGUAGAAUCUGCUCCGAGUACGGGUAUCGCGGAAGAGAAUUCUGAUAGGUCGACAACUGAAUCCUCGUCUACAUCAGACAUGUAUCCUCCUGGUGCAAGACCAACGAACAGAAAUGCUAGAAUCAAGCCUUAUGUUAAUUUCUCAGACUACUAUGAAAAUGUUGAGAGAAGACGUCGGGAGGGAACGUUACCUGAAGGUAUUAAUUUUUAGGAUAAUUAUACGUUAAGUGUAAAAUAUAUUUAUAAAUUAAAACAUUAUUUGUACAUA